AUCUUGAGGUCCAGAAGGCUACCAAAGACAUGCGGACGCCUAGACUCACCAAAGUCAUCAUCAGGUGCUACUGGAAAUCAUAUGCGGUGCUGGGAUUCUUUACUCUGGUAGAGGAAGUCAUUAAAGUGGUCCAGCCAGUCAUCUUAGGGAUGAUGAUUCAGUACUUUGAGAAUUACAACCCAAACGAUAAGAAGGCUUUAUACGAGACCCUCGGCUACGCAGCUGCUUUGUCUAUCUGCACCAUCGGCCUGGCACUGCUCCAUCACCUCUACUUCUACCACGUCCAGAGAGCAGGCAUGAAGAUCAGAGUGGCCAUGUGUCACAUGAUCUAUAAGAAGGCUCUGUGUCUCAGCAGUUCAGCCAUGGGAAAGACCACCACCGGCCAGAUUGUCAACCUCCUUUCCAAUGACGUCAACAAGUUCGAUGAUGUAUCUUUCUGUGUGGUCGGGCCCCUCCAGGCAGCUGUGGUCGUGGGGCUGCUGUGGUUGGAGAUUGGUCCGUCAUGCUUGGCAGGCAUGGUGGUCCUAAUGUUCCUGAUGCCUGUGCAGACCCUAUUUGGAAGGCUCUUUUCUAAGUUCAGGAGUAAGACAGCAGUUCUGACUGACAGCAGAAUCCGUACAAUGAAUGAAGUGGUGUCUGGAAUUAGGAUCAUUAAGAUGUACGCCUGGGAGAAACCAUUUGCUGCUCUGGUCUCUGAGGUCAGAAGGAAAGAGAUCUCCAAGAUAAUGAGUAGCUCCUACCUUCGAGGUCUCAACAUGGCCUCCUUCUUUUGCGCCAGCAAGAUCAUCGUCUUCAUCACCUUCACCCUCUAUGUCCUCCUGGGAAAUACUAUCUCAGCCAGUCGUGUGUUUGUGACGGUGUCACUCUACACCGCCGUGCGGCUCACCGUCACACUCUUCUUCCCUAGUGCCAUCGAGAAGCUGUUUGAGAGCCGUGUCAGCAUUCGCAGGAUUCAGGAGUUCUUGAUGCUGGAUGAAAUCACAAAAGGCAGCACUGCACUGCCGCAGGAAGAGAAGAAGGAUGCUUCUGUGGAGAUCCAGGAUCUGUUCUGCUACUGGGACAAGAGUCUGGAUGCUCCAUCCCUGCAGAACAUCUCCCUCACUCUGAACUCAAAUCAGUUGCUGGCUGUAAUUGGACCAGUGGGAGCUGGAAAGUCCUCCCUGCUGAGCUCCAUCCUGGGAGAGUUGCCCACUGAAAAAGGUGUGCUGAAGGUCAAAGGUCAACUGACCUACGCUGCUCAGCAGCCCUGGGUGUUCCCUGGAACCAUCCGCAGUAACAUCCUGUUUGGGAAAGAGCUGAACACCCAGAAGUACGAGAAGGUCAUCAGAGCCUGUGCUCUAAAGAGGGAUCUGGAGCUGCUUCCAGAUGGAGACCUGACACUGAUUGGAGACCGAGGAGCCACACUCAGCGGGGGACAGAAAGCUCGGGUCAACCUGGCGAGGGCAGUGUAUCAGGAGGCAGAUAUCUACCUCCUGGAUGAUCCCCUGAGUGCUGUGGAUGCUGAGGUUGGGAGACACCUCUUUGAACAGUGUAUCUGUGGUCUGCUGAAGAAUAAGCCCCGAAUCCUGGUCACCCACCAGCUGCAGUACCUGAAAGCAGCAGACCAGAUUCUGGUCCUCAAGGAGGGUCACAUGGUGGCAAAGGGGACGUACAUGGAGCUGCAGCGGUCUGGAGUGGACUUCACCUCCCUGCUGAAGAAAGAGGAGGAAGAGGAGCAACAGCUGCCUCCUUCAGACGUCCCCACCAGGAGCAGAACUCUGUCCCAGAAUUCAGUGCUCUCUCAGUCCUCCUCUGUGCAGUCGGUCAAAGAUGGAGACCAAUUACCGGCAGAGCCGGUGCAGACGGUGGUAGAGGAGAGUCGAGCUGAGGGAACCAUCGGAGUGAGUCUGUACGUCAAAUUUCUAAGAGCUGGAGCAAGCAUCUUUACUCUGCUUGUUGUCUUACUGGUCAACCUCCUGGCUCAGGUAGCAUACAUCAUGCAGGACUGGUGGCUAGCUUACUGGGCUGAUGAGCAAGAGAAGCUCGGUGAUAAUAACAGCACUAUCAUCCACAACGGACAGAACAUCACCAAAGAGCUGGACACAGCUUUCUACCUGGGCGUUUAUGGGGGUUUGACAGCAGCCGUCAUCGUUUUUGGCUUCAUGAGGAAUCUGCUCCUGUUCAAUGUGCUGGUGAGGUGCGCACAGGCUCUGCACAACUGCAUGUUCAACUCCAUCCUCAGAACACCUGUGCGCUUCUUUGACAUCAACCCCAUCGGAAGAGUUCUCAACAGGUUCUCUAAGGACAUCGGUCAGCUGGAUUCUAACUUACCGUGGACCUUUGUGGACUUCAUCCAGGUGUUCCUGCAGAUUCUCGGGGUGAUCGCUGUCUCUGCGUCAGUGAUCCCCUGGAUCCUCAUCCCCGUUCUGCCCCUCCUCCUCAUCUUCCUCUACCUCCGACGUUAUUUCCUGCAAACCUCCAGAGACAUCAAACGCCUCGAGUCCACCACUCGGAGUCCAGUCUUCUCCCACCUGUCUUCGUCUCUUCAGGGUCUGUGGACGAUCCGAGCCUUCGGAGCCGAGGAGAGGUUCCAGAAAGCCUUUGAUGCUCAUCAGGACCUGCACUCAGCGGCCUGGUUCCUGUUCCUGACCACCUCUCGCUGGUUCGCCGUCCGACUUGACGGCAUCUGCUCCAUCUUCGUUACCAUUGUCACGUUUGGCUGCCUUCUGCUCAGAGACCAGCUGGAUGCUGGCUCUGUGGGUUUGGCUCUGACCUACUCCAUCACACUGAUGGGCAUGUUCCAGUGGGGUGUGAGGCAGAGUGCAGAGGUGGAGAACAUGAUGACAUCAGUAGAGAGGGUAGUGGAGUACACUGAACUGGAGAAUGAAGCACCCUGGGAAACCCAGAAGCGCCCACCUCCUGAUUGGCCCAGCAAAGGCCUGGUGACUUUCGACCACAUCAACUUCUCCUACAGCAGCAACGGACCGCUGGUGCUGCAGGACCUGAAAGCGAUGUUCAGACCCAAAGAGAAGGUUGGUAUUGUGGGGAGAACAGGUGCUGGGAAAAGCUCCCUGGUCUCAGCUCUGUUCCGCCUGGCAGAGCCUCAGGGAAAGAUCUACAUCGAUGGUGUUCUGACCUCAGAGAUCGGCCUCCAUGACCUGCGCCAGAAGAUGUCCAUCAUCCCUCAGGACCCAGUGCUGUUUACUGGCUCCAUGAGGAAGAACCUGGACCCUUUUAACCAACACACAGAUGAGGAGCUGUGGAACGCUCUGCAAGAGGUGCAGCUGAAGUCUGUGGUGGAGGAGCUGCCUGGUAAGUUGGAGACAGUUCUGGCUGAGUCAGGCUCUAACUUCAGCGUGGGUCAGAGACAGUUGGUGUGUCUGGCCAGAGCCAUCCUGAGGAAGAACCGCAUCCUCAUCAUCGACGAGGCCACGGCCAACGUGGACCCCAGGACAGAUGAGCUGAUCCAGAAAACCAUACGAGACAAGUUCAGAGAAUGUACCGUCCUCACCAUCGCUCAUCGUCUCAACACCAUCAUAGACAGUGACCGCAUACUGGUUUUAGAUGCAGGGAAAAUCCACGCAUAUGAUGAGCCUUACACCCUCCUUCAAGAUCCAGAAUGUGUCUUUUAUAAAAUGGUGCAGCAGACGGGCAAGCAAGAGGCAGCAGCUCUACUGGAGGCAGCUAAACAGGCUUUCGAGAACAGAAGCCGUCCUAACGUGUCAAAUGGACACGCACAGACAGCAGACGGUAACUUGGUUAUCUUUGAGACUGCUCUGUGAGCUCAGGGAGGAGCUGACUCACUGCUUUGCCACAAGACUUUCAGAAAGUGCCUCGGCUUGUGGGGGUCCCCACCCUGCCUCUGGUGAAGCACAGAGGGCCUCAUCCACUCCAGCUGGCGAGGAGACUGAGGAGGACAGAAGAUUUGCAGAGGCUCCACCCUCCACCCUCACUGUGGCCUUGAAUGGCUGAGCCAAAUCUAUGCACAUUAUGCUGUCAUUUCCCUCAAGCUGACAGAGCCUGGAGAUCACUGCUGUAAGAACUGUUGACAUAGACACUAUUUAUUUUCUAUGCUUCAUAUUUAUCAUAUGUAAACUAAUUGCUGCUCAGUAUACUGAUGUCGCACAGAAAUUGCUUUUAACUGGCUGCCUUUAAAAACUGUAAAAAAGUGCCUUAUUUUACAUUUGCAGCAGUUUGUACGUGUUAAUUUAACCAGUGACAAUGUGCAGCUGACCAUAAAUACAAACUGUUGCACAGGAUUAACAAUCACCAAAUCUAACAAAUGACAGCAGCAGAAGUUUGAUGUUGUAUGUUGUUUCCUUGAGAUUUACUGUUGUACAAACAUGUUCCAGCCUUUACAAACAGUAUGAAAAGGAGAUUUUACUACUAAAAUGUUCUGGUCAUGUGUAUUCACUCCACUGACUUGAGAGUUCACAGAGAGGAAGGUUGUUUGACGGUUGAAACUCAGCUGCUGAGGUGGAGUGUGUUGAAUUACUCAUUUCUGUUCAAACACUGUUUUACAUGUGUCAUGACUAUCAGACAUUACUUUGUUUUUUUCAACUGCCAGUUUGUACAUUUGUUAUGUCAAAUACUACAUAAACCUUAAUCUGUUGAUGUCCUUUGGAUCAGAA